CCCCUCUCUCCGCAGCCCCCGGGCGCCUGAGCACCAUGGCCGGGAAAGGCGGCUCGGAGCAUCCCUUCGCCCCGCCCGCCGAGCAGGAGGCGGCGGGACCCCUCGGCACCAAGAUCUCCAUCCCGGCCCUGCUGCCCCAGGGCCCCGCCAAGAAGUGGCUGGAGCAGCGCCGGGCCACCCUGCGCCCCUGGGGCACCUUCGCCGACCAGCGCCGGUUCGGGAAGCCCCGGAACUUCGGGGAGCUCUGCCAGCGCCUGGCGCGCAACGUGGAGUAUUUCCAGAGCAACUACGUCUUCGUCUUCCUGGGGCUCAUCCUCUACUGCCUGAUCACCUCCCCCCUGCUCCUAGUGGCGCUGGCUGUCUUCUUCGGGGCCUGUUACCUCCUCUACCUGCGAACCCAGCAGUCCCGGCUGGUGCUGUUUGGAGGCCGGGAGCUCGGCACGGCUCACCAGUACGGCCUGGCCGGGGGCAUCUCCUUCCCCUUCUUCUGGCUGGCAGGGGCCGGAUCCGCCGUCUUCUGGGUGCUGGGUGCCACCCUGGUGGUGAUUGGCUCCCACGCUGCCUUCCAUGAGCUGGAGUCGGGGGAGGCUGAUGAGCUGCAGAUGGAGCCCGUGUGAUGGGGGUGCAGGGACCCCCCCACCAGCCCCCCUUCUGGCAGGACCCCCUGGGGGGCAGGGACUCCCCCAGAUCAUGGUUACUCUUUCCUGCCAUUUCUACCAGCCUCACCGCCCCCCAGCUCCCUCCACCUCCCCCUUUCUGGGCUCCCUCCCCCUUCUCGCCUUCCCACCUGAUGCCCCCAGCCCCCCCAAUCACCCCCAUGUCCCCAUUGUAGGGGUCCUGCUCCGGACCAGGGUUCCCCGUUUCCUCCCACUGUCGAUUUGACCCUGGGCUUCCCACGCUGCUGGUUGGGCUGGGGUCGCCCCUGCCCCAAAUGUCCCCCCCCCCCCCGUAUCUGUGUCUUUCCCCAUUAAAGGCCAUGUGGAGGAGUG